AUGAUGACCUGGAUCGAUCCACACACCAAGUUGGCCUAUAUGAUCAACCCUCGAACUGGCCAAACGAUGAAUUCUCGGAAGUCAUUGGCUACCCAGCUUUCUCCCACAGAUUGUCUCGAUGCCUCGUCCAAGCAUCCAAUGCAAAAUCUCUGGAUAGAAAACCUGCUGGGAGCAUGGGACAAUCCUUCCUUUAGUCGUACAGAAAUGCCAAUAUCAAAUCUAGGCGCGGCAUCCGCGGGUCAGCAGAAUACAGCUACUUCUUCGCACAACUGCUUCAAGGGCGCUGGACCGCUUGGUACAGCGCAGGUCGCCAAAUAUCGAGGAAAACUUCAACGCUGUGCGCUUGAGACUGCCGAGGUGAUAGCACAGGUGGACAAAAAGUUCAUCCUGGCUAAAGUCCAGACGGCUCCCGUCUUUCUCAAUUGGGAUAGAACAACAAACGAUGUUCUGCUCUUAAUUGAUCAGCACGCGGCUGAUGAGCGAUGUCGAAUUGAACUGUUGCUUAGGGAGAUGUUCCUCCCUGCCGGCCAAGGUGAAAAUUUGGAGUCGGGUGGUCGAGUGCGAACUGUCCAAGUCGGUUCUUUGUUAUUCGAAAUCUCAUCGACGGAAGGUGUUCUCUUUCAAAAAUAUACGAGUCUCUUCUCAGACUGGGGUAUUGAGUACAUGACACAUGCCAAGACCAACUCUACUGAUUUGAUCACCGUGUAUACUCUUCCUGCCCUAAUAGCCGAACGCUGUCGGCUCGAGCCUCACGUGUUGAUUGACUUGAUGAGGCGUGAGAUCUGGUCAAAUGAGGAAGAUGGCAGAAAGCCGUUCCACUCGAAGAAAACAUUUCAACCCGAAGAUGCGGACCAGGAUCUCGAACUGUCAGGCAGUGAUGAUGUGGCACACAAAGGAGCCUCAACAUCAUCCGCCUCGCGCUCAUGGGUUCAACAGAUGAAUGGAUGCCCUCAAGGCAUUGUAGACCUUCUCAACUCCCGCGCCUGUCGAACUGCUAUCAUGUUCAAUGAUCCGCUGAAUAUUGAAGAGUGCCAGGCCUUGGUCUCCAGGCUGGCCCGUUGUGUCUUCCCGUUUCAAUGCGCUCAUGGCCGCCCUUCAAUGGUCCCCAUACUUGAUUUACGACCCCUCUCUGAAACUGCUGUUUCAUUGCCGCUAGACUUCGAUACCAGAGUAUCCGCCUAUGAUGAUAAUGACGGCGUUGGCUUAGAUUUUAUGGAGGCUUUUAGAGCACGUUAUGUAAUAUAG